CCCUUGGACUUAUUACACUGGACAAGCAAUUAACAUCAAUGCUUUUGAAGGAUUAAGGACUGUAAUCGCAACACACAGUGAGUGUGUCGGGCAUAGCGUUCAGGAUCCCCGACGUGCUCUGUGGUGGCAUUGUGCUUGGAAUACUACCCUGUUAAGAUGCCUUAAAAGCUUGUCACCAUUAGGUUGUAAGGUUCCCUGCAGGAACUCAAGGUAUCUUAAGACUGCAAACAAACUCCUGAAAGAACAGCAUGUAUGACACAGAAUCAGUCAAGGAGGAUGUUAAUCUCCAACCACCGUCUACAAAUGAGCAACCACCUGUAGCUACUGAAGAGCCUACUACAAUUACUCAGAUGUCCAGUGACCCCGGGAAUGUUUCACAUGAGGGAACAAAGGAAACAAAACAACAGGUGAACAGAAGUACAAAUAGUUAUUGUCCUCCACAUGGAACAGUCAAUAAAAUAAUUACAGAUGGAGUUACACUCAUCGUAUUAUGGACUCUUCUCUGGUCCCUUAUGGGCAAUGAAGUUCUCCCUGGUGGAAAUUUGUUUGGACUUAUAAUUAUUUUUUACAGUGCCUUUCUUGGGGGGAAGAUUUUAGAGCUCAUUAGGAUACCUGUGGUGCCCCCCCUUCCGCCUCUCCUUGGGAUGUUACUGGCUGGUUUCACUAUCAGGAAUGUUCCGAUUAUUUAUGAAUUUGUCCGUAUUCCUACCACGUGGUCUUCAGCUUUAAGAAACACUGCCCUUACUAUUAUCCUAAUACGAGCUGGGCUUGGACUGGAUCCACAAGCUUUGAAGCACCUGAAGGGCGUUUGUCUGAGGCUGUCGUUCGGUCCGUGCAUCAUAGAGGCCUGCUCAGCUGCUUUUUUCUCCCACUUCCUUAUGAAGUUCCCUUGGCAAUGGGGGUUCCUACUGGGUUUUGUUCUAGGCGCAGUCUCUCCUGCCGUUGUGGUUCCCUCCAUGCUGUUGUUGCAAGAAAAUGGAUACGGUGUCGAGAAAGGCAUUCCAACAUUGCUAGUGGCUGCUAGCAGCAUGGAUGAUGUUGUGGCCAUCACCGGAUUCAACACAUUCUUGAGCAUAGUCUUUUCCUCGGGUAGUGUGAUUAGCAAUAUCCUAUCGUCCUUGCGGAACGUAUUUAUUGGUGUGCUGUUAGGAAUUGCUAUGGGAUUUUUUAUUCAGUAUUUCCCAAGUGGAGAUCAGGAGAAACUUACACGGAGGCGAGCCUUCCUUGUUCUGAGUAUGUGUAUUUCUGCUGUCUUAGGCUGUCAGUACUUUGGCUUACAUGGAUCUGGAGGAUUGGUCACACUAGUGUUGUCGUUCAUGGCAGCAAAAAAAUGGGCUAAAGACAAGGUUGGAGUCCAAAAAGUUGUUGCAAACACAUGGAAUAUUUUUCAGCCACUUCUUUUUGGCUUAGUUGGAACAGAAGUAUCUGUUGAAUCUCUUGAAUCGAGAACUAUUGGCAUGUGUGUUGCUACCUUGGGUUUGGCAUUAUCUGCUCGAAUUUUAGCCACUUUUACAUUGAUGUCUUUUGCUGAAUUUCGUUUUAAGGAGAAAGUAUUUAUUGCUUUAUCAUGGAUCCCCAAAGCUACAGUUCAGGCUGUCUUAGGUCCUCUGGCUCUAGAAACAGCAAGAAAGGUCAUGGCACCCCAGCUCGAAGCAUAUGCAAAGGAUGUCAUGACAGUGGCCUUUCUAGCCAUCCUGAUCACAGCUCCAAAUGGGGCCCUUCUUAUCGGCAUACUGGGACCCAAAAUACUCGAUCGUGGUGAGGUGAUAGGCCCUUUAAAAUUGGAGCUGUCAGAUUUUGAACAUCAUUAAAAUGUUUGCAUCAACCCCCCUGCUUCAUCUAAUGAAUUGUGUCACAUGACAGAAAAAGGUUUUACCGUACAGAAGAUUGGAGAUUGUCCAUAGAAUGGAGUCAGUAAAUGCACAACUUCUAUACAGGGUUUUCCUCUGAUUUAU